AUGCCGGAACAAAGAACCAAAUAUGCAGAUAGCAUAUUGACCACAAAAAGUCCCUACGAGGCUACCGAAACUAUUAGAAUCAGGUUAUCGCAGGUCAAAUUGUUAAAUAAAGACUUUUAUUUACUAUUUAAGGAAUUAGCUAAUUUGAAGAGGAACUAUGCUCAGCAAUUGAGGAAAAUAAUAGCUGAAAAUGAAGACAUAACAAAGAUAUUAAAUGCUCAAAUGAUUGAAAGUAAUGUUUUGACUCCUCAGGAAAUGAGUGCAUUCAGAUUCAACUCACUGGGAGAACUAAGAAGCGUAUGGGAUACUGUAAUUGAAGAACUACAAUCGGAUUUGAAGUCAAGCACUGAAUACUACAACACUUUGGAUCAACAAGUCGUUCGUGAAUUGAAGGAAUCCGUGGAGAACAAUACUAGCUGGAAAGAAAGUAAGGACUUGCACUCCAAGCUUAGUAAAAAUGCAGCCUCAAUUGAGCAUUAUAGUAAGAAUAACGAAAACUCUAGUCACUUAGAUGAGGCAAGAAGACAAUGGGACCAGCAAAGCCCUUACUUGUUUGAACUGUUUGAAACUAUUGACUACAACCGUUUGGACACGUUGAAAAACUGUAUGCUGAGAUUUCAAACCAGUUUUAGCGAUUAUCUAUUGAAUACUACCAAAGAAUGCGAAACUGUGAUGACGAAAUUCUUGGCAUUCGAACCUCAAAGUGAAAUUGAUCGAUUUGCCAAAGAUGCCAGUCAAUACAACUUCCAACUCUCCUCUUCUUCGAAAGAAGUUGUUCCUAAUAGUGUUCCGCCAGCUUCUGCCACUAGCGCUCGCCCAAUCUCUGCUUCCGAUGGUGCUCCUAAUAGGGAAAAGGAAAAGAAAUCCCCACAAAAGGAUAAGCGUAAGAGUACAUUUGGAAGCAUCGGUCAUCGUCUUGCCUCUGCAUCCUCGACUCUUACCCAUGGUGAUCUCAUGAAUAACGAAUUUUCAGACUCUACCAAUAAUUCUUCCUUAAAAUCAAAAAAAUCAUCCCAUACUCUAAGAUCCAAAGUGGGUUCAAUUUUCGGUAGAAAUAAGACCAAGAACAAGAGACAACAACAAUCAUCAUCAAACUCUCAUAUCCAGGAAUCCAUUACUGAAACUCAAAAUAAUUCCUCUACCAGAGUAUCUUCAACUGCAACUUCUUCCAUUUAUCAGAAGCAACGUCGGCCUACCUAUUCAUCAUUAAAAUCAAACAAUUGGACCCCGGCUGAAGCUAGUGACACUCCCCCUCUUCCUCCCCAUGCCACUCCUAAAAGCGUAGGUGCACCUGUUACUGCUGAUACAGUGCCUGCACCAACUUUUACGCCUGCUGCAAUGCCUACUUCAACCCCACAACAAAGCUCUCCUCCAACUGCGAAAGAACCAGACUCAAGUGAGUUACCUAAGACGGUACCGAUAUCAAUUUCUCAACCUCCGCUCCAGCCACAAUCAAAAACAAAACCGUUACCAGUUGAACCUACCUUCCCCAAUAAUUUAGUUUCUACUGCUACCGUUGAUAAUCAACCUCCGACUCAAAUGGAUUCAAGACCCUUGCAUAUCCGCGCACCUGCUUUACCACCCUCGAGAAAGCAAAAUUUCAUUCAUAACAGGGAUUCCCAGCUCUAUGAAUCACUGCCUAAUCAUGGCUCGGACCCUACUCCUACUUCUUCUUCAUUGUCCUCUAUACCUCAAGAACGUCCAGCUUCGACGCUCUCUUCCCAAAUUACUGGCGAGCUAAGGGAGUUAAAUCCUCAAGCCACAGGGUCUUCGACGUCUUUAGUAGGCCAAUCGUUAUUUCAGCACUCUUCUUUAGAAACUUCUCAAUUCGGAUUGAAUGCUAGUAUCGCAGAAGUACUUAAUGCUUCUUUCAAAGAUGGUAUGUUACAGACUUCCCAACUGAUUGGAGAAAUUGCCCUCAACUAUUUACCUAAUUCUGUCAUGAAUUCACCUUUACCUAUUGGUAUUAAUUUGAAAAUCACUAAUGGCGCUAAGUUCGAAAAAGUUAUCCUGAACCAAGCCUUCAUCGAGCGUGUGGCCCCAGAAGAAUUUAAAGUUAACCCAUCGUUCAUCGAUUCUAGAACCUUAGGCGCUAUUAAAUAUUCUAUAAAGGAGCCGAUCGCACCCAUUGUUAUUCAUCCAGUCUGGAGAUUUGAACCUCACCAGGCAAGUGUUGUAUUGACUGUCAAGAUGUCGCCAAGCUUACCCGUGGAAAUAUCGCAAAUCGUGAUAGAAGACCUUGUCGUCUUCGUAAAUAUCGAUGGUGCUAAUGCAACAAGCGCUUUAUCAAAACCCCAGGGCUCCUUCAGUAAAGAAAAAAAGAGAAUAACGUGGAGAUUCAAAGAACCGGUUGUUUUGACAAGAAAUGGUGAAGGUCAAAGGUUAAUCGCCAGAUUCAUUACAGACGGUCUAGCACAUGAAUCCGCUAAAGGCGUGAUUACCAAAUUCACUAUCAGUGAGACAGAUAACGCGGCACUACCUCAUAGCGGAGCUGGCAGUGGAAUUUCGUUGACCUGCCAGGAACUGGACGAAAACAAUCCAUUUGGCGGUGACUGGUCCGAUGUAAACACAAAAAGAACCUUGACGACUGGUAAUUACCAUGGCCUCGCUUGA